AUGAAUCCUAUGUGCAAUCGAUUGCAUGCUAGCUGUAUAAUAUAUUAUUGUAUAUUAUGUAAAUAUUAUGGUUUUAAGCAAUUAUUUUCAACUUACACAAAAAUCAUUUGCGAUUAAGCUGAUAUAAUUUUACAGGCUGUUGCAGGAUAAGUUGGGUUUUGCCUCCUGACUUUGUCUGCUAGCAUGUUAGCUUGUAGCCGAUACUCACAUACGAUUAGAUUAUUGUCAUAAUUAUAAUAAUAAGCAUAAUAUGACAUUUGCGUAAAUAAUCAGUUAAUUGAGUGUGAAUGGUGACGUCUCUUCGGAUAAUCCCAGUUUGAGUGAGUUUGUACUUGAAGCUUUAACAUGGCGGAAAACAAUGCAGAGAAUGUCGCUUUUGUGGAGGAAGAAAAACAGAAGGAGACAAAGUCAUCAUCAGACUCGUACUUCUUCACUGAUUAGCGAAAGCUGUCUGUGGUUCAAUUCUGCGAGGUGGUAUCAAAAAGUUUCGAGACUAGUUUUGUAACACGCCAACAGAUGGCAGCACAAGGCUGCACGCACAGUCACAGCGAGCACCAACCUGCAUAAGUCAGCGUGCCAAAAGACAUUGUCCUGCGCAAUUGGUGCAAUCCUGACCACGUGAGUUACCACGUCUGUUAUUUCAUCAUGGAUAGCAAGUUACAACAAAGAGCAGAUGUAAAAUUCUACGUGAAACUGGGCAAAUCUGCCACUGAGACGUUUGAUAUGAUUCGGCAAGCUUACGGCGAUGCCGCGAUGAGUCGCGCAAGGUGUUUUAAGUGGCACGCUCGCUUCAAGAGCGGAAGAACAUCACUGGAGGACGACGAGAGAUCAGGAAGACCUUCUACGAGCACGACCCCCGAAAAUGUUGAAACCAUUCGGCAACUCGUGCAUGAUGAUCGUCGGAGAACAAUCCACAACAUCGCUGCUGUUGUCGGUGUGUCAUACGGAACGGUCCAGGCGAUCCUCACGUGUGAUUUAAAAAUGCGCCGUGUUGCUGCCAAGUUUGUUCCCAGGCUGCUGACCCAGGAGCACAAGGAACAUCGCGUCAAAAUCUGCCAAGAACUCCGUCAGCGUGCCUUGGACGACCCAUCCUUCAUGUCGAGGAUCAUAACCGGUGACGAAACCUGGGUGUAUGGGUACGACCCUGAGACGAAGCAACAGUCUUUACAGUCGAAGAGCCCGUCAUCUCCACGACCAAAAAAGGCGAGGCAGGUCCGCAGCUCUAUCGAGUGCAUGCUCAUCGUCUUUUUUGACAUUCACGGCAUUGUCCAUCGAGAAUUCGUCCCCAGGGGGCAGACCGUCAAUAGCGAAUUCUACUAUCAGGUUUUAACGCGCCUGAACGAAAAGAUACAGCGAAAGCGACCGGAUCUGUGGCACGCAAAAAACUGUGUGCUCCACAUCGACAAUGAAUCCUGCCAACAAGCACUUACGUGUGAGUUUCUCAAGGGAAACAGCAUGAUCUCACUUCCGAACCCAGACUACUCGCCAGAUUUGGCUCCUGCAGACUUCGCCCUCUUCCCAAAGAUGAAGGUCCUUCUCAAAGGUCGUCGUUUUGACACCAUUGAGGAGCUCCAGCACGAAUCACAGAGGGUGCUUGACAUGCUUCGGAAAGAAGACUUCCAGGACAUAUUCCAGAAGUGGCAGGAACGCUGGGAGCGCUGUAUUGCUGUGCAAGGGGACUAUUUCGAAGGUCUCGAGAUUCCGAAGUCCGAUGUGUCCAAGCCAGUCACGGAGGACGAUGAGCUGGACGGGCUUCCCGUUUUCGGAGCGGAUGAAGACGACGGUGACCUGGAAAGCAGCUCCUCUCAGAAAGACGAUCAGGAUGAGAGCGGAAACAGAAGCAGUGAAGAGGCAAAAGAAAUCGAAGGAGGUGAGAGUGUGCAUGUCCCUCAGACGGAGGACAGAACCUCACAAAAUGUAGACAGCGUUCCAGCUAAAGAAAGAGGAGAUGAAGUUAUCUAUUCUCCUUUAAAAAAAAUAAAAGAUGAGCCUAUAGACGAGGACUACGAUAAAGCGCUCAUCAGUUCUACAGACUCAGACAUCAGUCAUGUUAAAGAGGAGCUUGAGAACGGAGAUCAUGAGUCAUUGGUUCCUCUGGAUGAACUGAGGAUCAGCUCUGUGUUUUCUGUUAGAGGAAACAGUGAUGCCAUUUCUGCUCCUGUUGCAGCCCCGCAACCUUCCACAUUCACCGCUGUGACUCAGUCAGCCUCAGCAAUCAGGCCACCUCCAAUAGUCCUGCAGGCUCAAAUGCAGCCUCAUUUUCAAGCACACCUCCAGCUUCAACCCAAGACUUUAGCCCAGCUUCAACCCCAUUUGCAGACUCAUCUUCAGGCCCAGCUUCAAACCCAUCUCCAACCUCAACUCCAACUCCAAGCACAGCUUCAAGCGCACCUUCAAACCCAGCUCCAACCGCAGCUCCCGCAUCAGCUUCAGCCGCAGCUCCAACAGCAACCGCAACUCUCACACCAACUCCAGCCGCAGCUCCCGCACCAACUCCAUCCGCAGCUCCCGCAUCAACUUCAGCCGCAGACCCCACCACAGCUCCAGACGCAGGCCCAACCCCAUCCUCAGGCUCAGCCUGCACACCAGCUCCAGCCGCAGCCCCCUCCCCCUCCCCAGCCGCAUCCCCCUCCAGCACCUGUGCGAAUCUGCUGCUCGGGCUGCUCUAAGGUCCUUCAGAAAGGUCAAACCGCAUUUCAAAAGAAGGGUUCUAAUCAGCUGUUCUGCUCCACUGUGUGUCUAACCGGAUUCACGCUGCCUCCAGCCCCCAUUAUCGUCCCAAAGAAAACCUGCCACCUCUGUCUCAAGGUGAUUGGAAAUCCUAAAGACUUGAUCACAGUUCCAGUUGACUCAUCAAACACUUUGAAGGAAUUUUGUAGCUUGUCAUGUCUGAGCAUUUACAAGUCCAGGGUUGAAGGCUUAGUUGAAGAGGACCCCGUUAUUAAAUGCGCCGUGUGCAGAAAUUCCAGUGAGAUUCAACACGAAGUGAAUCACCAGGGCGUUCUGCACCGUCUCUGCAGUGACGAAUGCUUUUCGCGUUUCCGCUCUUCUAAAAGGCUGUCCAUGAGCUGCUGCGAGAGCUGCGGCAACUGCACCGUCACGGGCAACUAUCACCUCGUUCAGGUCGAGGACACUAUUAAGAAAUUCUGCAGCCCAGCCUGCAUCAGCACUUUUAAACAGAAAAGUGGUAAGAGGGUCCACUGCCCCUGUUGUCAAGAUCUGAAAGCUAUGGACCAAAUGCUGGAAGGUACAAACGCACAGGGAGUAAUAGAGUUCUUCUGCUCCGCCAGAUGUGUAGCUAACAGCCAGGCGUCCUGCACUUUGUCAGGUGCUUCAUUCCCGUGCACGAACUGCCAGAAGUUAGCUGUGCCUCAGUAUCAUCUGGCUAUGCCUGACGGAUCCAUUCGGAACUUCUGCUCAUACGAAUGUGUCGGCAGAUUCCAGGAGAGGCUGCACAGGACCGUUCAGAUGAACGGAGGAUCCUUUCACGGUCCCAACACCGGCAUCCAUCCUCCCGUACCUCAUCGUUCAUCUGCCGAAGGAUACAACCCAGCUCCUAAUGCAGUGCCUGCUUCCAAUCAGAACACCAUCCUGCCGUACGUGCCUGCUUCUCGACAGCAGCAGCCAGAAGCUCUCGUUCCCGUCAAACUGACCUGCAAGCAGUGUCAGAAGCAGUUCGUCUGUAAACCCGAGAUCCUACAGUUUAAGAAUCACGUGGGCUUCUUCUGCUCACGACUUUGUUGCAACACGUAUAAGAGAGAAAGGGAUGUCAAAGCAGUGUGCGAGUACUGCAAAGAGGAGAAGGUGGCCAAGGAGGUUGUCGUCUACGAGAAACAGCCGCGGACUUUCUGUUGUGAAGGCUGCAAACUGCUCUACAAGCACAAUUAUACCAAGCAGCAUGGGGGUCAGUGCAGGGUUUGUGCUUACUGCUGCAAUAUCACCCACAAAGCCAUCCAGAAUCACUUCGGGGGCAAACUGGAGGAGUUCUGCUCGGAGGAGUGCAUGUCUCUCCACACCGUUCUUUUCUACGAGAUGGGAAAGUGUCACGCUUGUAGGAAUCAGGGACCACUUAAGGAGAGCAUCAGAUGGGACGAAACGGUCCGACACUUCUGCAACCUGCAGUGUUUGUUUCAUUUUUGCUCCAAGAACGUCAUCCCUGAUCAACCAAAUAGCAACGGAAUCAACACUGCUGCCACCACAGCUCAAGCUCCAUUAUCUCUCUCGAAAGACAUGCCUGUAAUCGGUGGUGUUGUAUCAUUGGCCUCUGCAUUAGCUGGCAACACUGCACUCACAGGAGCGCUGCCUACCUCAAACGCCAGCUCGAAAAUCAUCGGCGAUGCAAGCACCCAAACAGAUGCUUCUGUCAACGGAGAUCCUCAGCAGCGACGGAUGUUGAAGAACAAAGCCGUCAUGUGUAAACCUAUCAACGAUGAGCGAAGCAUCCAGUGUGACCUUGAGCCUCCAAAACUACUCUCUGAAACAGCCAUUGAUGAAAAUGGAGAAAAAAUAAGACUGGUGCCUCUGCCAAUACCUGUUCCAGUCCCCGUGUACAUUCCUGUGCCCAUGAAUCUGUACACUCGGUACACACCAUUACCACUGGGAUUUCCUCUUCCUAUACCUGUGCCACUGUUAGUGCCAGCUUCUCAGGAAUCUACACAGCCAAUUUCGACUAAAGGUGGCGUCCCUACACAAAGCUCAGUGGAGGAUGAAGAAGUGGAAAAGGCCAAGACCAGGCCCUUGUCUCAUGGAGACCAGGGGAGUACCUACAGCGGGGAUUUGGAGUCUGAGGCUAGAUCGACCCCCUUCAGUUGGGUAGACCCUGAAGAUUCUUCACACAAUCUUAAGCCACCAGUACCUUCAAUUGAGCUGGAAGGAUCUAAAGAUCCUCCUGCUGUCUCCACAGCAUCCGACUUGCUAGAUUUGGAAAAGGAUAUUCCUCUUGGACCAAAUGAUCAGGAAGCAACAAAGGAGCAGAAAUCAUCAGCAAAACGACGCAAGAGAGGAAAAAAGGGGUGUGAUGUUGAAGAAACGAAGAGUUUUAAACAAGAACUGGACGUAGCUGAUUGUACACAGUCCAUCUUGGACACUAACUUAGAGCAGUUCAAUACGGAAUCUUCCCAAGAUGCAGAAUCACUUUUCAUUAGUUCAGAAUGUGCUCCGAUUGAAGAUGAUCUGGAUGAGGAACAAAACACAUUUAAAUGUGGUAAAGAACUUGGCUCGUUCUCUGGGUCACCGAUACCUUCAGGGCCAAGUCUAAGACCAAGGAAUGAAAAUGUUCGAGCUCAGACAUUUUGCACUAAAAAGCAGUUCUGUGUAUACUGUCAAAAAUCAAAUACCAAAAUAGCAAGGCACUUGGAGCGAUUGCAUUCAAAUGAAACAGAUGUCGCAUAUGCUCUCAGCUUUCCAAAAAAAUCUAAAAGAAGGCAUAUGCUACUGGAACAGCUUCGUAAGAAGGGCAAUUAUCAGCAUAACAUUGAAGUUAUUCGAAACGGAAACGGGGAUAUAGUUAUGCAAAAACGAACAAAAAGAAAAAGGUCGGUCAUGGAUUACUUGCCCUGCCAGUAUUGCCUAGCUUUCUUUGUCCGGCAUGGAUUGGAGAAACAUGAGAAUGUAUGCAAGAACAAAAUGAUUUCAGAGUCAUGUUCCGAACCCUUGGAACUGCUGAACACUGAGUCCUGCUUCCAUCCUGAUCCAGAGUUAAAUGGUGAGUCGCUUAUCAAACUAAACCUGGUCCAAUUACAAAGUCCAACUCUGUUUAGCUCUGAAGCCCAGUCACAUCCUGAUCUUGCAGCAAGUCUUGAGUCUAGUGCCAAUAACUGUUCUGGACUCCUUUUACAACACAAUCUUGAACCAAGCUCUUUCUCAAGUACUGAGUCAAGUCCUGGAUUUUCAGACCAAACCGAUCUUAAACCAGGCCUUGGAUCAAGUCCUGUGUUUGGCCAGCCUUGUCCUGAACCCUUCCUUUCCACCAAUUCAGAUCAGAUUAGGCAGUCUCCUACUGUAGAUUUCUGUGAUGAGCGCACUUUUCUAUCUAGUCCUGAUUCAAGCCCUCACGCUUUUGAAUUCCACCUACAACCUAAUGAGUACAUAAGUCCCACAGCUAUUCAUCCUACUACCAAAACUUGCUACCAAAGUAGCCUCACAAUCUCUGCUGAAAGCAACCCAGAUGCCAAUAACUUUGAGUUUUGCUUACCAUCUACCCCUGAACCUGGUCCACUGCCUUACCCUGAUUCAAGCCCUAGUCAUCUAAGUGUUGACACAUGCUUGGAAGAAGUUUUGAGGUCCAGUCCUGAAACCAGUCAUCCCCGUACUCCUGAAUAUUGCAGUGCUGUUGAAUUCAAUGUAAAAACUACUUUAGAAUCCUGUCUUGAAUCCACUAUGGUGUGCCCUGAUGCAUCUAGCAGUGCAAAUAUGAAUUCUGAAUUUUGCCAUCAGCCUAGUGUCAGUCAAAUGUCUAGCCCAGGUCCUACUCAACCGAGUUUUGAGUCUUUUUUUCUAUCCGGGUGUGAUGUCAGGCCACCACCGAGUCUGGAAUCGUGCACUCAAACCACUUUCAUAUCAAAUCAUGAAUCCAUGUUUCAGUCCUUCACACAAGAUGAGAAAACUAGCCCUAAAACCAGUCCUUGCUGUAUUCCUGGAUCUGACCACCUAACUAUCGCAGAUCCCAGUCAGACAAGUUUUGAAACUCUAUCAGUUAGCCCUAAAACUAGCAUUCUGCCUCAUCCUGAAUCAGACUUUGGUCCUCAAAUUAGUUUCGAAAACGGCAAUGAGUCUGUUCUUCAGUGCAGUUCUGGAACCAGUCUAUUUCCUUCUUCUAAAACUUUGCACCCCCAAAGUGUCGAGUCCAACACAAAACCUUCUGGCAAACCCUGUUUCACAUCUAGUAGAAAGUGUAGCAGUCCUCCACCCAGGAGUCCUAAGGCUAAUGCAGAAUCGUUACCACAGAUCCCCACUGCCCACUCCCCCAGCUCAGACUCCGAUGCUUCAAAUGGUUUCGAUAACAAUUUGAUUUACAGUAAGAAGUCAAUCGGGUCAUCAACAGAAAGCUUGACGUGCCAAAAGAAGCCUGUUGAGACUACUGACGUAGACUCCGAUUUUAGCUCAUCAUCUUGUGUGAAAACUCGUUCUCAGCGCAAGGCUGCGUCCUCCUGUGUGCGUUCAAAUGCAAGUUUAAACUGUAGCUCCUCUCCAGAACUGUCCCAACGGAUAGGUUUAAAUAAAACGCCAAAUCGUGAGAGCUUAGGAAAGAAAAGGCAGUACUGUCUUUACUGUAAAAAAUCCUGCAUCAAAAUGGCACGCCAUUUGAGCCAAAAACAUACGAAAGAAAAGGAGGUAGCACACGCCCUUAGUUUUCGAAAGGGGUCUAAAAAGCGGCUUCUAAUGCUUGAACAACUUAGAAAGAAAGGGAAUUAUCAGCAUAACAUUGAAGUUCUCAAAAAUGGAAAUGGCGAGCUCAUCAUUUGUAAACGACCAACUAAAGAUCAUUCCAUGGUCAUGUACCUGCCUUGUCAGUAUUGCCUGGCAUUUUAUAUCCGCAAUGAUUUGUGGAGGCAUGAAAGAAGUUGCAAAAUGAGAACAGAUGGCAGCUCAGUUAGCCUUAGAAGGACUGUGUCAUCAACAAUGCUUCCGUUAAAAAGCAGUACUUCUGGAGAUUUGGAAGAAGCUAUUGAUGGUUUGAUGCAAGACAGCAUCUUCCAUCAUAUAAGAGACGAUGCUCUGAUUUGCAAGUAUGGCGCUAGGCUUUUUGUUAAACUUGGACGUGCUAAAAAGCAUCAAGUAUAUAUAGUGCAGAAAAUGAGGCAAUUGGCAAGAUUUAUGCUAGUUGUUAAAGGGUUGGAUGGUUCUGUUCAGUACUUGCAUCAACUGUGCACUCCAUCCAGGCUUGAUUUGGUCAUUAAAGGUGCAGGGAUAGUAAGUGGGUUCGAUGAAACUUUGAGAAAAUUCGAAAAACCGUCGGUGGCAAUAAAAAUCGGAAAUACUAUAAGACAAGCAGCUGAAGUAAUUUGUGGUGAAAAUGUUAUGGAGGGUGAUGCAGAAACUGUCGCUAAUGUUAAAGAGUUUAUUAGGCUGUUUGAGAAAAAAUGGAUUUUAUGCGCUAAAAACGCUUCCAAAGCUGCCAAACUUGGUAGCACAAAGGCUGACGGCUGCUUAGACAAGCCUAGUGCUGCACUCUCGGCACGUCAGGGGAACUGUCCGGUGGGCAAAAAACCCAGAAAAACUCAAAAGCUUAAGUCGCAUUCCUGUAGCACUAAUCAAGGUGAUGGUGAAAACGCAGAGAGCUCUGAAUCAAAUGGGUUACAGAUUUUCCCCAAUCGAAAUUUACGCAGCAGCACUGCUGCCGUAGCGCCAUCUACCGACCCUGCCACACAGUCUUCUGUGUCUCAACAGGUUAAGGUCCCGUAUCCAAAGUCACAAAUGCUUACUUCAAAAAUAAAAAUAAGAACCCCAAAGGGUGCUAAAAAACAGUUUUGUCAUUAUUGUAAGAAACCCUUCAUCAAAAUAGCAAGACAUUUGUCAAAAAAUCACGCGGAAGAAAAGGACGUAGCCCAUGCGCUCAGCUUCCCAAAGAGAUCCAAAACUCGACAUAACUUACUUAAACAGCUUCGUAAUAAAGGUAACUACGAGUAUAACGUUAAAGUUCAGGAGACCGGAAGUGGCGAACUCAUCCCACAGAGAAUGGUAAAAAAGGAUACUUUGUUGACCGCCUACCAAGCUUGCCCUUACUGUCUGGGUUUUUACCUCCGACGUGACUUGUGGAGACAUCUGAGAUCGUGCAAUAUGAAAAAGGAGGAGAAGACUCCCCCUGGCAAAAGAAGGCUACGGUCGACCUAUUUCAAGAAUAUUCCAAUGCAUGACUGUCUUUCUGAGGGCUGCCAGAAUCUUGUUCGCAAUAUGAGGGAUGAUGACAUCUCGAAAUGUUUAAGGAAUGAUGCCUUAAUCUGCAAAUUAGGAAAUAGUCUUUAUGAAAAAAACAAGCUUGAAAAGGAAGGACGCGAUUACAUAGCACAAAAAAUGAGAACACUAGGGAGAUUUAUGUUGGUCGUGAGGGAGCUGGAUGACAGUGUUUCGGAUCUUUAUCAAGUGUGCACUGAAUCCAGGUUCAGUUUGGCUUUGGAAGCUGUGAAGAAGCUUGUCGAUUUCAAUCCGCACUCAAAGCAAUUUAAAAAAUCAUUAGCGUUGAAAAUUGCCGCUUCCUUGAAGGGGGCUGCCGAGGUUGCUUUAGAAGAGAAGGGCAUGCAAGCUGAAGCUAGAAAGCAAGCCGAAGAAUUCAUUGAGCUGCUGGGAACAGAUUUGUUAUUUUGUAAAUCCUCACAUAUUUACGCUACAAAUAAGGAGACCAAACAGGAUGUUCUACAUCUGGUUGAAGAUGUUGUUAAACUGCAUAAGUUCCUCACAGAGGCACAAGACAAAGCAAAAUCGGAGCUGAUGGAGCAUUCAAAUCGUGAUGUAUGGAAAAGGCUGCGUGAAUGCAUUCUGGCUGAAAUCACUCUGUUUAACCGAGGACGAAAGAGCAUGGCUGAGAAAAUGCUGCUCGAGGACUAUAUACACAGGGACAAACAGCCCAUCACAGGAAAAAUGUCUGAACCCUUGACAAAGCUGGAACAAGCACUUAGCGACGUGUUGAUAAGAGCACGAGUCACUUGUAAAAGUGGACGCUCGGGUCCCAUUUUGUUUACCCAAAGGAUGGCAUCGUCUCUGGACAUCCUGAUCAAGUACCGUAAGGAUGCAGAUGUCUUUGCAGACAACCCGUACAUGUUUCCUCAAGUGACAAGCGACGGUCACAUAAGGGCACACGACUGCAUAAGAACCUUUGCCCGCAGUUGUGAUGCAAGCAAACCCGAGGUGUAUGCACACAAAUCUGUGGCUACGGUGUUCCAAAUACUGAGCCUUAAUGGCAGUGAGAAGGAGCGAUUAACUGUGCUCAUGGACGACGGAAGCUUCGAUUUCCAAACACUAAAUGAAGACGUCUCACAGCUGGCAAAAAUCUGCACUCUCCUGGAAAGCAUGGAUGAAGGAGUUGGUGAAAGCAAGGUUACAGGUCUCAGCCGUGCCUCUGCCCGAAGACACAAAUGGAAAAAUGAGGAACAGGAAGCCGUGAGGCGGCAACUGGGAAAUUACAUCUCCAUCAGCAAAGUGCCAGGCAAAAUCGACUGCCUGGACUGUAUCAGGGCCGAGCCACAGGCUCUCAAGUCAAGAACGUGGAUGGACGUUAAAUAUUACGUUUAUAACACAAUAGUGGCAAAGAAAAGGAAAAGAAGGAGUUUGAACAGGACGGACAGUGAAAGCGAAAGUGACGAAGAUGAUCUCGUUGCUCCGGAGCCCGCUGCAAAAAGAACUCUCCGGGAAAGAAGGCGGUGACAUCGCGUGUAAACAUAAUGAUCAUAAACACACCGCUGGGUCAACGGGCCAUGUUGAAUAGACUAAACUAUUGUAGAUGGGACACGUGAUCGUGUUUAACUACAUGAUUGUGGGUGAACUAGAACGAUAAUGUUAACACUAGAUGACCAUUUUCCGUUUUGAAUUUCUCUCCAAAUAGCUCAAGAUUAACACAAAUCUUUAGAAGCACUUUCUUUUAAGAAGUUUUUUUCCCUCUAUCUCUCUCUCUCUCGCUCUCUCUCAUUUCUUUUUUUUUCAUCGCCGCUGGCUGUUGCAUUGUCAUUAUCUUUGACAUUUAUACAUGCAUUCAGCUGCCUCCUAUUUUGUCGGAAAUGACAAAUCAGAUAAGAUUAUUCUUAAAUGCAGUAUAGAAUAUUUAUUGUGUUGAACACCUUAAAUGACCAAACUGACAGUCUUUCUGGCUGCACGCAUGGAUGUACCGAGCCAUUAUCACCACAGAGUUGAUUAUUUUCCGAUAAAUGCAUGUCUGAAAUGUUUGUCCUCUUGUAUCGUGGCACUUUUAAGAUUUUCUUUAUUAAAGAAAGAGACAGACUUUUUUGGCAUCUGUUUAUAUUUAAAUUCACUUGCUCUCUGUUUGAGUUAAUAAUUUAAAGAGUCCUGUUGUUAUCAGCGUGUUUGUUGUUAAAUAACCGCACCUUACAAAAGCAUGUUGAUUAGUGAUAAAAAUGAUAAAUUCGAUAUACCUUCGAUUAGAAUUACAUGCAGCACUGCCAUAAGCGUAAAAGUUAAUCACAUUAGAUUACUGCGGCACAGCGGUGGUGUUACUCGACAUAAUCAAAAGAAGCUCGCUCCACAUGCUUUACUGGGGUAAAUCUCCACCCUUUAUUCGUAUUUUUGUUACUUUUGGUGUGAUAAAGUUCACUUGAGGCAAUUGUGCCAUUAAGAACAGAUUUGUGUUUUAUUUUUAAAGAGUGACGCUACAUAUAUUAUAUUUAGCUUGUUAGAAGAACAGAAGCUUAUCUGUUCACAUCAUGUUGUGAAUUAAUGACUAUGACACUAUAAUUUCAUCGUGAACCCUUAUGAACCAACGGUUUCACAAUCUGUCCGGAUUUUGUUUAGGAACAACUGAGGACCUUUUUUUUUUUUGAUAUGAUGUGUAUAUAAUUUUUUUGUUAUAAGAAGUUAUGUUUGUUUUUGUGGAAUUUUUUUUCUUCUUUUUUUUUUUUUUUUUUUAAGUCUGACUUUAAAAUUUCCUUUUGAAAUGUAACAUAAGGUCACAUUGUAAUGUUCCACUUUUAUUUACUGCAGU